AUGGCUGAUCUGUCACUACAGGUUGCUGCAGCAGCAGAGGCCUGGCAAAAAUAUGAGAUGCUGACAGCAAGCUUGUCACAAGACCUGUGUGAACAGCUUAGGCUGGUGCUGGAACCAUCACAGGCCACAAAAUUGAGGGGAGACUACAGAACUGGCAAACGACUGAACAUGCGCAAGGUUAUCCCUUACAUUGCCUCCCAGUUCCGCAAAGAUAAAAUCUGGCUGCGUCGCACAAAGCCCAGCAAGCGGCAAUACCAGAUCAUGCUGGCCAUUGAUGAUUCAUCAAGCAUGGGUUUCAACCAUUCCAAGCAGUUGGCAUUUGAAUCCCUUGUACUAACAGCCAAUGCACUGACACUGCUAGAAACAGGAGAGCUGUGGUGCAGGUUGUUAGGGAAGUGUACAAUUUCACGAGCUUGUUGCCAGCUACAACUCUUUUGUUUCUGCAGUUUUGGGGACACAGUGAAGCUUCUGCAUCCAUUCUCAGCGACAUUUUCCAACCAAGCAGGAGCCAACAUUCUUCAGCAGUUUACGUUUGAACAAAAGAAGACUCGCUACACUCAGCUUCUACAGCAAGCAACAGCGGUGAUGGUGGAAUCACGUAACAGACAGCAUGGGACAUCUGGACGGCCAGAAACAGCUCAGUUGCUGCUGAUCAUUUCUGACGGACAAGGCGUGUUUAGCGAAGGAACAGAUUCCAUCAAGAAAGCUGUGCGACAAGCAUGUGAAGCAAAUGUGUUUCUGGUUUUUAUUGUUUUGGAUGAACCUAAAAACAAGGUCUCAGUAUUGGACACCAAGAUUUCACAGUUUCAAGCUGAUGGCAAGCCACCAGUAGUCCUAUCAUACAUGGAAGAAUUUCCUUUUCCAUUCUACGUCAUUCUACGUGACAUAAACUCCCUGCCCCAGAUACUCAGUGAUGCUUUGCGUCAGUGGUUUGAAUUGGUUUCAGCAUCUGGACAUUAAUUGGUGGAACUGAUUGCGCUUUGGCCUGUGAUAACUGGAGCAGAGUGAUAAACCUUUUUGUGACCAGUGGUGAAACAAUGCUCCAUCCAGAUUUAUGUGAAUUCAUUGUGUAAUUUUGUAAUGUUUUUAACUCUCUAGUGUGUCUAGAGACUGAAUGCAGAUAUGUCUGCUCUGUGCUGAUAUAUACUGCAUACUGUGUGGUGGUUGUGCUGGACACAUCGGAUAAACCAUCAUAGUGUAAUACUGCAUAAGCUCAGGGAAUUGAUUCUGAAGGAAAUCUUGAGGUAGUUCCGUGUGACUUGUCUAUUUUUGCGUGUGAGUGAGAGACAAGACACCACACUUUAUUGAUGCAUUUUGAAAAUGAAGCACCGAUGAUUGUCAGCAGUUAAAACUGACUCUCAGAAAAGAAACUGGUUAUGUCUGACAAUUUCAUUUUGCGAAUUAUUGAUGAUUUGAUUUUACAUCAACCCAAGACAAAAUUUGGUUGUACAUAGAGUGUGAGCUGUGUAGCAUGGGAAGGAAUUGGGUUGCCAAAUGUAUGUGUUUUGGAAUAGUUAUAUUAUGGAAUAUUAUAGGGAACUGGUCAGAAAAUUGUGAUAAACCCCUUUGCUCUUGCCAUUAAACUGGCAUACAAAUAACA